AGUUCAGGUGCUUUGUUUACAAACAAGACGCUCGCGGCUGUCAAAGUCUAACAAUGCGUUUUAAACAGGCUCAUCCUGUAAAGAGAGUCUUGAAGAAUGGUAGAUAUUCACCUACAGCCCUGUACAACGCAUAUAAGUUUGUGAAGGAGAACGGCACGCCCAUAAAAACUGCUGCUAGGCAGUAUGGAGUUCCACAUUCUACCUUGCGUGAUCGGGUUAAAGGACGCAUUGACCCUGAAGCAUUAAAACCUGGUCCUGCUCCACUCUUCAGUCAGGAACAAGAGGCCAAAUUUGUCGACCACAUCAAAACCAUGGCUCAGCUAGGUUAUGGCUUUACAAUUAGUGAAGUGGUAGAUAAGGCCAGCAACUAUGCAGUGUAUCUGGGUAAGAGGCCUAAGGACAAGCCUCUUAGCAUAAAGUGGUUCAAAGGAUUCAGGGAUAGGUGGCCAGAAAUACGUGUUAUCAAACCGAGAGCCCUUUCUAACUACAGGGCUGCAUCUACAAGCCAAGCAGCAGUCAGUGAUUAUUUCAAAAAUUUGCAAGCCGUUCUUGAAGCCAGUAAUUUGAUGGACAGGCCAGAAUGCAUUUAUAACAUUGACGAAAAAGGUGUUCAAACUGAGCAUGUUCCUCCUUAUAUUGUCAGUGGCCAUUCUAGAGUACCUUCCAUCACAUCAUCAAGAUCAUCUGUAACUACAAUAAUAGGAUGUGGAAAUGCCAUUGGGACACAGAUUCCACCUUAUUUUGUUUUCAAAGGACAACGUAUGAGUGACGACCUCUUAGCUGGAACAACUCCAGGUUCUGAUGGAACCAUGUCACCUUCUGGAUGGUCCAAUUCUACUGUUUUUCUUAAAUACUUGCAGUCACACUUCAUAAAGUACAUCCAGCGUGCAGACCAGCACCAACCAAUACUAAUCAUUUUGGAUGGACACAAAUCUCACAUAAACCUACCAGUGCUAGAAUGGGCCAAGAGAAAUAAUGUAAUUAUUUUUGUUUUACCUGCUCACACAAGCCAUGUUCUGCAGCCACUGGACGUUGGCUGCUUCGGUCCAUUACAAAGGAUUUAUAAUGCCAGCUGUCAUCGGUUUCUUAGACAAAAUCCAGCAUCUAAAAUCACAAGGUACAAUGUGUCUUCUCUUGCCUCUACUUCAUAUGUAGCUGCCAUGUCGAAUUCAAACCUGAGAUCUGCAUUCCAGAAGACUGGAAUAUUCCCAUUUAAUAGUAAUGCAGUAAGUCCAGAUCAGUUCAUACCAUCUGAACCAUACUGUGACACAUCAAAUGAGAAUAAAUCAAUCUUACAAGAUGAAAACCUACCUGAACCAGACACUGAUGCUUUCUUUCAUUCUGAAAGAAGUGUAAUCGAUAAGAAAAAAGAUUACAACCAAUCUGCAAAGAAGAGCACCCUUAGCAAUCUUGUAUCUGGCAAAGUUAUUACCAACCCUCUUGUUGAAGCAGAACUUGUUAAAAACAUCAACAAUAAAUUACCAGAAACCAGUAUGUCUUCAAAAAGGACAAAAUCUAGUCAACCUGUUAAAUCAGUAAAGAAAUCUCUACCAAAUAACAAGUUAGUAUAACCAGAACCAGUUCCAGGACCGUCUCAUAUUAACUUGGUGAAUUCUAGUGCUUCUGAUGUGAG